UUACGUUUCAGUAUGAAAUUGUAUGAAACUCGCAGAUGUCAAAACAAGCACAACGCACCAACGAUGCAGGACUCGCUGUUAAAUAGCUUUUUUUAAAACUGCGCUUCAAACAAUAAGAAAAUGGAUAAAUUAACAAUAAUUUCUGGAACAUUGUUUCUAGCCGCUGAUAUAUUCGCAAUAGUAAGCUUGGGUAUGCCUGACUGGAUUAUUACAGAUGUCGGCGGUGAUACAAGAUUGGGGUUAAUGUGGUCUUGUAUGACACUGUAUAAUAGGCCACAAAUGUGUUAUACUCCUGAUUUACAACCAGAGUGGUUAAUGGCACUUGUUUGUAUAUGUAUGGGUUGUAUUUUGAUAACGACAACUAUAAUACUUUUGGCCAGUUCACCAUGGGAUCAUAAUGCAAUUCCCUAUGCCCGAUGGAUUGGAUUUACUGCAAUGGUGCUGUUUUGUCUUGCAGCAGUGAUAUUUCCAAUGGGCUUUCACGUAGAUGAAAUUGGUGGACAGCCAUACCAACUACCUAAUUCGCAUCAAGUUGGAAUCUCUUAUAUUCUUUUUGUCCUGGCACUUUGGAUUACAGUAAUCUCUGAACUAUUUGCAGGCAAAGUGUGCUUGCCGCAUUUUUAGCAUCUUCCAAUUCAUUUUAUUUUCUUAUUUCUCUUAUUUGGUAUUAUGUACUUUGCAUACAACUAUCCAAAAGGGAUUAUAAUGCCAAGCUUUAAGGGAUUGGAAUUUUAAGCUAACAAAUAAUUGAUCCAAGGGGUAUUAAUUUUAAUUUUAUUAGUUAUUCUGAGAACGUUAGUCAGUUCUAUUUUGCAGUCAAAAAAGAUCUGAACUUAUGUUUAUAAUUGUAUAAAACAUUAUAAUUAUUUUGUUCAAUUAGGACAAUAUUUAAAGUAUAUUUAUACAUUUCUGGUAUCAUUCAACAAAUACUUGAUGUAUUUAUUACUAUCUUAUAUUGCAGGUCUUCAACUUUUUUCUAAAAUAUUGCUAUUUACGUUUAAAAAAGUAAAUUUAUAUCUGAUAUAAUUAAUUUCAUUGUUGAAGAUUAAACAUCAGCAUAAUACUUUUAAAGAAUUCCCUUAUCAUAUGCAGUAAAGUAAAAUGAACUCAUGGUAUAGUCGGUUCACGAGUGCAAUAUAUUUUAUUGACAGUUUGCAAAGAAUGGGACCCUAAGCGAAUUAUAUUCGACUUUCAAUAAAGUCACAGAAAUUUAUACUAAAAUAGAAAAAAUAUGUUUCGGUCCAUGUACGUGAUAUUUCGUAAUAAAAAUAUUAUGUAGAGCUAAUGUGGUUUGCUAAAGACUCAAUUUUAUUCAAUCUGUCAAAAAAAAAACACAUUGAACUCUUGGACCUACUAUACGUGAGGAUUUUAUAACGAUUAAUAAUUACAAUUAGUAAAACGAAUUGCAUAAGACAGCAAAUAUAGAAGUUUAUUACAAGUCGUUUGUACCAGUAACCACAAGAAAUUACGAACGUCUUUUAUUGAUCAACAAAAUACGGUUAUUUAAGUCUUUCAAUAUAUUCACAGAUUUUUAAUACAAAAUAAGUAUUUCUAAUGCAAAAGUACAAAUGCAUGUCUAAAAUAUGUCUACAUUCUGUACGAAUGGUUUUGCAAGCUCCUAAUGAUCAAUAGUUAUGCAAAACGACGAUUCAACUAGAAUCUCGGUUAAUUGUUUGACAUUCCUUAUAAAAAAUUCUCAUAUUGAAUAUAGAAAUCUUAACCAAAUGAUUUGUGCACAAUCGAAAUCCAGUAAAUUUUUAAGUAUAUUGUUAAACGGUAAAUGUACAAACGACUAACAUAUUUUGAUAGAAUGCAUCGAUCAAAAUUCUAUAGUAAUUGUUGCAAGGAUUAGGCAUAAAAUAUUGUACCAUGACCACGUACGAAUCAUAAUCUCGAAUGGCAUUGAUCGCGCAACAUUUUCAAUUUGUAUAUUUCAUAAAAUAAUAGCACGUCUAUGAUUGUUGUAAUAUUGUCCUUAUACUUUUGUUGUGCUCAUUAGAUAAAAAAAAUUAGCGUGCAAGUAAGAAUUUUUCGAAUACUUGUUUUAUACUAUUUAUAACAAUUUUAAGGUACUAUAGAUCAUGUAAACGCCGUCUCAUUCCAUUUUGUACUUGUCAUAUCGUGUUAAAUGUACGCGAAUAUAUACAUGCACGAUCAAUUAAGACUCGGUAAAAUACAACAGUCAUAUAAAAUCUAAAUGCAACAAUAUAAACUAUCUUGUGUGCGUAUUAUCACUUUCUGGUUCCCUGAUUUAUUUUUAAAUUGUCAUUAUUGCAAGACAUUUACCAAUAUAAAAACACUAUAAUAUUUUCAAUUUUCUCAAUCACAUCAGAUUCCUGCUUUAUACUCUUCAGGAAUAAACACGAUACUUUGAUCCAAUUUUAUUUAAAUGACUCUCGAAUGACGAUCUUAUACACAGAUUUAUCUGUGAUUCAGUAAUUUGUUGCAAUUAAUUACAUUAAUCCUCUCUUCCUACUGUUGGAUCUGAGAGACUCAGAAAAUCUGUGAACGUUUGAACACUGGGAAGAGAGGGUUGUAACAAAAAGAAAAGUGCAUUGUGCCAAAUUAAAAAAAUCUUAUGUGCUCUUGCGUUUAACUAUAACAAUCAGUUAUCUUUCUCUCUGAAAGCAUGUACAUAGAUAUAUUAAAUGUAUUAUUUCCUAUGUGACGUGUUAUACGAAAGUUAAUAAUUUAUACUUGUAAAUAUUUUCUUCCAGAGUAUUUCAGUGCUUCUGUUAUAAAUUUUCAGAUUGAAACUAACAGACAACAGUAUAGCGGUCAAGGCCAAACUUUGAACUUUGUAUUUAUAUUAAAAUCUCGCUAUUUGUUAUUAUAUGUUUGUACAUAGUAACAAUAAUAUACACUUUGUUAAACUAUAAGUCCAAA